CAUGGAUGCUGGUGCGGUGAGUUAUUUUGGAUUAGGCACCGGCGCACUGGCGCAGACACUUGCUGAAAAACCCUCUCCUUCACUUACAGGCCUUGAAUAUUUAUGGGAAUAUUUAAAUCUUAUUUAAUUAUAUCUUCACAGCGAAAGACAUGUCAGGCUUUGUAGUUUUUGCGCUAGUACUCUCAUUAUCCUCGAUGGUGCAUUGUGCGGUCUUUCCUCGGUCAGCAGCGGCGCCGCAGCCCUGUCUCGCGCCGUUACAGUGGGAGGGUCGCACCGUCGAGUAUGACCACGGGACGGGACGAAACACAAGGGCAGCGGUCUCCUAUGAUGCACAGAAUCAGCGAAUUAGGGUCCUGGAGCAGAAGACAGGACACACACCAUGCAAGAAGUUCUUUGAGUACAUCUACUUGUUCAAGAGUGGAGUGCUUUUCCAAAUAGAGGAAAUUUCUAAGCAGUGUGCAAAGAUCGCUCUGACGGAGGCCUGGGACCCUUAUGAUAUUCCCCUGAACUCCACAUACGAGGACCAGUACUUCAUCGGAGGACCUGGAGACAUGAUCGAGGUCCAAGAAUGGUCUGAUCGGAAACCAGCUCGCAAAAAUGAAGCUUGGGUUGGAGUGUAUACUCUGAAGGACUGCUAUCCCGUGCAGGAGACAUACACCAAAAACAGUAGCGUGACCACGUCCACUCGCUUCUUUGACCUUCAGCUGGGCAUUAGUGACCCUGGGGUGUUCGACCCACCCAGCACUUGCCAGUCCGCUCUGACUGAGAAGAUGACAUUUGACUGUUGAAUACCUCGCUCUGCUUUACAUGCACAAUAGACAUUAACCACAAUACAGUAGGCUUUAAUAAACAGAUUCUAAAUAAAUUAAAUAAGACUGUCAAAGAGCACACACAAUGAUUGCAGGUACUGUUAAAUAUAUUCAGCUUUGAAAUUAACAAAAAUAUCAGUUUUAGGUUCAAAAGUUCUUGUUGAUUUACAGUGAGAACUGUGCCUCAUAUUAUUGAAGUCUCAUUUUUAAUAUCCCAAAUUUGGGGCAAAUUACAACUGUGUGUUGUUCUGAUCUAGGAUGGACUAAUGUGGCACUUAAUGUUUUGUUUGACAGUUAAUAUUCUGUUUGUCUACUUAUUGUUUUAUUUAGCCUUUAAAAUGAUUUACAAUGUGGAUGUUUACAGUUUUUUUUUUUCAAAUGUUAUUAAAGAAAUGUAUUUGAUUUAAAUAAAAUUGUUUAUCUCACUA